GGAAGGACAGAGACUCCGGCGCGCACGCCUCCUACCAAAAUCACAGCCCCGUGGAGCUGGGGCUUUCAUUCACAGCUUUCUAGAGAGAUCUGAGCCUGAACCUGCCAGCAAAAGGGAUCUCACCCACCCAGCUCAACAGCGAGGACACCUGCAGAUAAACAUACCCCAAUGCAAGGUGGUGCAGCCGUGUGAAGAGAAAGAUGGCAUAAAUUCUGCUUCCCUUUUGGAUGGAGACCACCAUACAUGGCUUGAAUGUCCUACUGCUUUCCAGGAAUAAGAAAAAGACCCUCUAGUUGUCUUUCUCUACAACAGCUUGGCAAUAAAACAAUUCUUGAAUGGGUCAAGGUUCCAGAAAACUUUCACUUGAAUGGGAUCAGUUCCUUUCCUUUUAAAAUAUCAGAAAUUGAGCACUGGGAAAGGAGAUUUAGCAAAGAUGACCCAUUUACAAGCUGGACUCAGUCCAGAGACUAUAGAGAAAGCUCGUCUGGAAUUAAAUGAAAAUCCAGAUAUAUUGCAUCAGGAUAUUCAACAAGUCCGGGAUAUGAUCAUCACCAGACCUGACAUUGGAUUUUUACGUACAGACGAUGCCUUCAUCUUGAGAUUUCUUCGAGCCAGGAAAUUUCACCAAACAGAUGCCUUUAGAUUACUGGCUCAGUACUUCCAGUACCGCCAGCUAAACCUGGACAUGUUCAAAAACUUCAAGGCUGAUGACCCUGGAAUCAAGCGGGCUCUGAUUGAUGGAUUCCCCGGGGUACUGGAAAAGAGAGAUCACUAUGGCAGGAAGAUCCUUUUGCUCUUUGCAGCCAAUUGGGACCAGAGUAGGAACUCCUUCACUGACAUUCUCCGGGCUAUUCUGUUGUCAUUGGAAGUUCUUAUUGAGGACCCGGAACUUCAGAUAAAUGGUUUCAUUUUAAUUAUUGACUGGAGCAAUUUCUCCUUCAAACAAGCCUCCAAACUCACACCUUCAAUCCUCAAACUGGCCAUUGAAGGAUUACAGGACAGUUUUCCUGCUCGCUUUGGAGGAGUCCAUUUUGUCAAUCAGCCCUGGUACAUUCAUGCCCUGUACACACUAAUCAAACCAUUCCUCAAAGACAAGACAAGGAAAAGGAUCUUUCUCCAUGGCAACAAUUUGAACAGCCUCCACCAACUAAUACACCCUGAAUUCCUGCCCUCUGAAUUUGGAGGGACCCUCCCGCCCUAUGACAUGGGAACUUGGGCUCGGACAUUACUCGGUCCUGACUACAGUGAUGAGAAUGACUAUACUCACACUUCCUAUAACGCAAUGCAUGUGAAACAUACAUCUUCCAACCUAGAGAGAGAGUGCUCACCCAAGCCGAUGAAAAGGUCUCAGUCUGUUGUGGAAGCUGGGACCCUGAAACAUGAGGAAAAGGGAGAGAAUGAGAAUACCCAACCACUCCUGGCUCUGGACUGAAUUCCAAAUCACCAAAAUACAUCUUACAAGCCACCAGCCUUCAGUGGCACCAGUCACCUAUGAAGCACAUGCUUAACUGAUCCCCACAGGCACACAUCUUGCUUGACAAAAGGUCCUCCACUUCUGUUGACAAUAAGGAUCGUCACCAGCCAUCUGUCUGAACAGCCAA